AUGCUGUCUAUCAGGAAAGCGGCAGUCGUUUGGCUAUUCCUUGCCUUCGAACGGGUUCUGACUGCGCAAAUACCACUGUCGAGCCAUGCACCUUGUUCGGAUGCCGAACAUGAUAUUGGGCAAUGGGAUCUUAAUGAAGCGCCUGCAGUGAAUACGACUGGCCAUCUGGUAUUUGAAACGGCCAACUCCCUGCUUCAACACUGGGCAAACACACGUCAUCGUAUUGGUCAUACGAUAGUCCCAGGGACUGUUCCCGUGGGCACUCUCCUCUACCAUGGAGCAAUCACCGGUCCCCAUAUGCCAGCUGCUCUGGAGUGGGUGGCUGUAGAGCCAGACCACUCCAUGAUUUUCUGCCGUGGGUCAGUCGAAACAGGGUGCUGGCACCUCACCCUUAGAGUCACUCGGCCGAUGAAAGUACUCUAUUUUGAUGGAAGCGGCGCUACAAAACUCCCUGAGGGCACCAUGGACACCCAAGAUCUCGUGGCGUGGUCGGAAAUGAAGCCCGAGUGGCUGCACAACGAAGAGCAGCGCAUUAAAGAUCUCUGUAAAUGGGGUCAAAAAUAUGGCGUGAAUGGAUUUGUGAGGAUGGAGAUGAAUUUUGAAAUCAUGGUCUGCGACUUCACCUCUCACAUGGAGGUCGUUUCGUUCUUGAACCUCGAGAGCCCUCGCCUCGGGAAACGCUCGCCUACGGAUCUGCCACAGGACCCCACUACUGUGCAUCACGCUUAUGAAGUAAUGCAUUCUGCUUCGUGGCGCGAACGUCAUCCAGGGGAAACCCGCAUUAUACUUGACUUCUCUGGGCUCGUCUCGUUCUAUGACACCGCUCUUGUUCCCUCUCUGGUGUCGCGCCGUGUAGGCUUGGAGCGGUGGGAUCAUCGAGUGGGAGGGAUCUCAUCAAAGGAUAUAGAGCGUGUCAAAGACAGGCUAGCUCAGGCGUUAUCACGACCACCCGUGACAACCAGCGGCAUUGACUGGAAGACGGUUUUGCAGGUGGUAGUUGACCGAUAUGCCAGCCGCCUUGGGAUGAUACAGCACCUUCUGAACAUAACGUUGGACGAUGGGCCGAUCUUUGACCGCGCGCGACAAGUUCAGAGACAGCUGCGCACGGUGCUGGAGCAUCACAUCGUUUUUGCAGCCCUGCCUUCCAAUACCACUGUCACUACCGACGCGACAAAUUUGUGGGCAGCACCAAUUUUUCGGGAUUGUGCAACAUCGCACAUGGCCUUCAUCGCAGCUCACGGAACCACAAUGAUGCCCUCUGAGCAUUUGCUCCUGCAGGCAGUACGGGAAACUACGCGUGAAAUAUGCCGCGUCACCACGAGGAUGUGGGCUUCUGGAAUGAUUGCUGGAGUUGACUCCUUUUAUCCUCCAGACCAACGCCCUGAAGCUGACAGCCUAGAGGCUCUCAUGGGCGAGUGGAAGGAGGAUAUAACGAGGUUGAUCUCCUGGUUAGACUGGAACGUGUGGGUUACAUGCCGACCGGCCUGUGGCUUUGAGGAGAUGUGCUACUUGCCUACUUGGCCCUUGGGGUUCCCGGGACCCGAUGACGACAAAACUCCCCAACGGGACAGUGACCCCUUGUGGCCAGACCCAAACAAAGGGGAAUGGAAGAGACCACAGCCCAAGUGCAUCAGACGGCUGGAGCCGUAUGGUUUUUAGGACAUAUGAUUCACAGGCAUUGCUGGCACGUACCCGUCUUUCGUACGCAGCUGCCUUGUAAACUCUUGUAAACUUCUUGCAAU